AUGCCUCCGAAAACUGACGCGAAAAAAACCGAUGUAAAGGUGCUGAAAGGACAAGAAGCCGAAGACGCCGUCUUGGAGUACAUCCAAAAGAUGAAUCGACCGUAUGGAGCAGCUGAUGUCGCCGCGAACCUCAAGGGUGCCAUCCCCAAAACUCAAGCAGCGAAGAUACUAGCCUCUUUGGCAGAAAAGGGCUCCCUGGCCGCAAAGACUUACGGAAAAUCCGUGUUCUAUGUCGCAAACCAAGCAAGCAUAUCCGUCAUACCUGCCGAACAACUAGCCUCUCUCGAGCAAGAAGUCAAGAAUCUUCAAGAAGAAAACAAAAUGCUGGGCACACAAAUCAAAGCAUCUUCGUCUGAACUAGCAAAGAUCAAAUCAACACCCACUGACGAUGAAUUAACUACACAAAUAUCUGAAUUGAUGCAAACGAUCCAAAAAAUCGAUGCCCAACUACAGCCGCUUCGUGCUGGUGCCCCUCUCAUUUCGGAGCAAGACAUCGAGCAAGUCGACGCAGAUUGGUGGAAGUGGAGAACAGAGUGGAUUCGCCGGAAGAGAAUAUAUAAAAAUUUCUGGGACCUCGUUACUGACGCUAUGCCAAAAUCGGAUGCCAACGCCCUCGAUGAAGAACUUGGAAUUGAACAAGAUACUGCUGAACAUAUUGCUCUCGAACGUGGACCUCUCGUUGCGGCACAGACCAACUUAAAACGAAAACGAUGA